GUAAAACCAGCCUUCGAAGAGUUUUGCCGACCGACGAUGAAAUGUGCAGAUGUUAUCAUUCCAAGGGGUGGUGAAAAUGAUGUGGCUAUUGAAUUAAUUGUACAGCACAUCCAGAACGCGAAAAACACAACCCAACUCUCCCCAUUCCGAUUUCAGCAAGUGGAACAGGCUCCCGCCAAUGGUGAACGAGAAGAGUGCUUAAGCGAUCCUGGGGUGUACGCAUGA